AUGUUGUUGCAGUUCCAAAACUCCCCAUUCUCUCCAGUCCUCCUCGACCGAGUCCUCCCCGCAAUUAUGGCGCUCCUCCCGGCUCCUCGUGAAGCUGUGCCCACUGGCAAAGUCAUACAUUCCACCGGAUAUCGAAAUCCCUCACCCGAGGAGCUGAUCGAUCUCGCGAUCGAGAGUCACAUCGGCCGUAUCCUCAAACGAUCUCUCGUUGGUGGCGAUGAAUCAUUCUUCAUUGCCGAUCUGGGACAGCUAUUACGACAGCAUCGGCGGUGGACUCAACAUAUGCCCGGCAUACGGCCGUAUUAUGCUGUCAAAUGCAACAGUGACCCAACAUUCCUGAAAGUCCUCGCAGAGCUGGGAACAGGGUUUGAUUGCGCUUCUAUCGAAGAAAUCCGCACAGUUCUCAACCUCGGCGUGGACCCAGCCCGGAUCUUGUUCGCAAAUCCAUGCAAAGCACCCGCCGCGGUAGCCUUUGCACGCGAGGCUGGUGUGCUACGAACGACAUUCGACAACAUCGAUGAACUGGAUACCAUCAAGACACACAUGCCCGAAGCGCAGCUGUUACUCCGGAUCUAUGCGAAUGACAAUGGCGCAUUCAUCUGCCUAGGAGAAAAGUUCGGUGCGAAAUUGGACACGACCGAGCAGCUUCUGUCAAGGGCGUGGGAACUCGACCUGAAUGUAAUUGGUGUUAGCUUCCAUGUUGGAACUGGUGCUGCAGAUCCCGGAUCGUUUUGCAAGGCUAUCAAAGAUGCACGUCUGGCUUUUUCACAGGCUGAGCGUCUAGGGUUUCACCCGAAGAUUCUGGAUAUUGGCGGCGGGUUCCAGGAUAAAUCCUUUGAAACUAUGGCUCCUAUUCUUCGAGACGCACUGCGGUCGGAGUUUCCAGCUGGUAUCACCACGAUCGCAGAACCGGGUCGGUUCUUUGCUCGUAGUGUGUAUACCCUGGUAUGUCGAGUGAUUUCACGUCGGCGACAACUUGGGAGUGCGGCGCUGGCUGGGGUGCCGGACAUGCUGUAUCAGAAUGAUGGCGUAUACGGGAACUUCAUGAAUGUGAUGGUGGAGAAAGAGAUCAUGACUCCUUAUUUGGUCAAGAGCAAGAAGGCCAGGAGUGUCUUAUUGCACAAGACUAAGACCACAGGGGAAAGCGGAAGAAUGAAUGAUGCAGUGCAACAAACAGGCCAUCGAUACUCGAUCUGGGGACCUACAUGUGACAGCACCGAUUGUGUCGUGCGCGAGGUGACCCUUGAAUCUGAAGUCAAAGUUGGAGACUGGCUCAAAUAUAAGAAUAUGGGAGCAUAUACAAGUACCACUGCUACUCAGUUCAAUGGCUUCAGCAGUACCUUUGAUACAUUUUAUGUUAACAGUGAAACGCUGCUUGACUAUUAG